GUGACUCGCAUGAGAGACCCCCGCGAACACUCCUCCUAAGGGAGGCUAAACACUUCCAUUGCUGCUCAAGCCCAUUUUCAUUAUCAUUCUUAGCCGAAUCCUUAUUUAUCUCAUCACUCUCGUUCUUCCUUUCCUUUUAUCUCUGAAGCAUACCUCCUUCCGUGUGUUCCUCACACUUGGGUCGUGCUCGAUCCCACAUCCUGUGUCGUUCCAUUCAUCGGUCAAUGAUAGGCUCCAUCUAUUCUCUUGGUGAUUCAAAUGCGUGUAGAGGUAGCGAGAGAUCUCUUGCGCGCUGCAGAUUGCUCGUGUGUUGGAUGUGCGUGCUGUGCAUACUGUGUGUUUAAGUUCUUGGUGAUAGUUGUGAAAUUUCUGAAAGAGAGUCAUGAUUAUUGAAAUCAAGCAAUUUGGAGGAUUUUUGGGAAGAAACUCAGAGCGAUCAGGGUGAUAACCGAGUCUUACAGAAUUGGCAGGAAGAAUGCCAAGACCGUCACGCGAAUCCUAUGGCGAGCAAAAGCCUCCCUACUCGUAUAUAUCUCUAACAGCGAUGGCGAUCUGGUCAUCAAGAGAGAAGAUGCUGCCCCUUGCUGAGAUCUACCGUUUUAUUGCCGACCGUUUUCCCUAUUACCGUCGAGACAUGCGUCGAUGGCAGAAUUCUCUACGGCACAAUCUUUCCUUCAACGAUUGCUUUAUAAAGGUACCAAGAGGACCGCACACACCUGGAAAGGGCGCCUACUGGGCUUUGCACCCAGCAGCUCUCUCCAUGUUCGAGAACGGAUCUUUCUUGCGGCGUAGAAAACGUUUCAAGCUUCCCAAAGCUGCAAAAAAGGAGAGUCAAAUCGUAGCAGAAACUGCAGCAAGACUCGCAGCCAGUCAUACAAACGAAAUUUCUUUCGCUGACAAUCAGCCAGUUAGUGCUUAUUAUCAGCAAGACUGCUACCAUCACCACCAUCAUCAUCAUCACCAUUAUCAGAGUGUUACUUUAACGCAACGGCAGCUUGAUUUUUUCAAUGCCACUUCGAGUUUUGUUGGUGCAUCACCACCAUUGCUAUCGCAAAAAGAUCAACACGUUCUUUCGGGGCUAUCCGCGGUUUUGCCUUCUCCACAGAGACUGAAUUCCGAUAAUUUUGUUCCUUUCGACGCCAAAGAGGAUUUAUUCGGAGCAUCUGCGGUAGGCAGUUUUGAGUCUCCAGAAUUGUCAGAAAAUCAAAGAUACAUUGGAACCACGAAGUUGCAUCCAAAGAGAUCGAAGCCUCUGACUUUCGCACACAAAUCAUUCAGCAUUGAAAGCAUAAUCGAUACCGAUGAUUCUAAUUCUAAAACUUCUACCAGAAAUGAGACCGUCACAGCCUCUAACUCCUGCAGCCCUCGUGAGUCAAAUCUAAAUUCGAUUAACUUACUGGGGGCAUGGUGCGCAGAAGCAUCAGGAAGAGAUAGUUUCAGGUCUCUAUACACUCCAAAUAUUGGAUGUCCUAUUGCCAUAUCACAUCCUGGAUUACAUUUGCACCAAGCUGCAGCUGUUUACGCAACUGCUCUAGCCACGGCAAAUCUUUUUGUGAGCCGUCCUCAUUUUCAACAGUCCGCGACUAAAUUACUCGAAUUUUCGAUGGAAGAUAGCUGUCCUGCUCCAUCAAGCUGCCAUUCUAGUCCGCUCUACGGACUUUACAGCUCAGGAUUUCCAGGCGCGCUACGUCCCGGACCUGGAAAUUCUUUCUGCACAACCGAGAAAACCGUGCCACCAUUUCUGCCCGUGGCAGCAUUGAAACUCCCUGCGACACUAACACCAUCACACAACAUCUCUACGAUGCUGAUAAAUUCAGCUCCGGAUGUUCCUGAUGCGUCGUCACCAGCAUCGUCCUCGUCAUCAUCGUCCUCCUCCUGCUUUGGUUCGGGUCAAUGCAAUGAUCUAACAUCGGUGUAACAUAUUUUGUUAGACAACUGUAGAAAGCUUCGAGCCGCUAGAAGGGAUCGCAACAAACUUAGAAGCAGCGCGAUAUCAAUUAUCGUUAGCAGUUAAACCGCGCGGUGCGGCUCGUAAAGUGCACCUUAAUAGCGAUGCGUUCUCUCCGCGAGCGUGCGACUCUGUAAAUGCAUUUUUACGAUCGCAUCGUAAUGCGCGAACGAGAGUCUGUCGACCAAUAGCAAUGGAAUCUGGAUAUUCGCAGGCCAACGAGAGCGUUCGUUCCCUCGUAAAUGCGCAAAUUAUCGGACUGAAAGAAAAGGACUGGCUAGGUCACGGCGGGAUCGCGUAAAUUGCAUAAAUCCUGUACGCAUUCUACUUGUCUAUAGAUUUUUCUUUCCUAACUAAAGCCUGGUGAUUACCGUCUCGAGAAUUUUGUUCUGUGAAACCACAGCCCUUUUCAUUCCUCUAUAGCUCAUUCCACUCUUCUAUUAUUCAUAUUAGACUUACUUUUUAAUGUAUAUACUCUUCUCUAUGCAUAUGUAUAAAUACACGUCCAUGGUGUAUUCCGUUGUAAAUAAAAUUAUUACAAUGAAA